GAGAAAUAACCCCACAUGUAUGCUAUUCUGAUUGUUUUUGUAGAUGAUUCCAGUCGUGUGGUCCUUGAUACUUCCGAUUUUCCAGGAAGUUCUGAUUACAUUAAUGCCUGUUUUGUACAUGGUUUUCACAAACAACGGGCAUACAUAGCUUCACAAGGUCCGUUUACUGAGGAGACAGUUUUAGAUUUUUGGAGGAUGGUGUGGCAGAUGAGAAGUGUGAAGAUCGUCAUGUUAACAAAUCUUACAGAAGAAGGAAAUAUGAAAUGUUUAAAAUAUUGGCCAAAUACCGAGGCUUUAAUAGGACCUUUCCUGAUCAAGACUGAGAGACAAAACACCUGCAGAAGAUACAUAAUAAGACAUAUCAAACUUAAAUUGGGCAUUGAAGAGAGAGUGGUAAAACAAUAUCAGUAUACAGCGUGGUACACAACAAGGGUACCCAAUAACGUCGACUCUCUCCUCCUCUUUAGAAAUCUCGUCAUGAGCGAUGUUUCUGAUGAUGACGGUCCUAUCAUCGUCCAUUGCAGUGCGGGGGUGGGGCGCACGGGGACAUUUAUUGCCCUGGAUUACCUCCUAGAUGAGGGAAUAUCGACUGGUUACCUAGAUGUUGUUGGCUAUAUCCAGAUAUUGAGGCAGCAGCGGGCCUAUGCUGUACAAUCUACAGAUGAGUACAUUUUCCUACACGACGCCCUUGUGGAGGGAUUUACGAGUAAGCAUGAGAACAGGUCUAUAGAAAUUGCCGACGAAUUGUGAACAAGUGUUUGCAAAACAAAUGUUAUAUUUCAUAUGCCAUGGAAAAUGCUUUGAGUUAUUCAUUUGUUAUUAAAAUUUCAAUCAAACUUUAUCAUGCGAUGUUUAAUAUUUAUUUUAAGUUUAAUAUUUAAAGUUCUGCUAUGACUAAGACAU